AUGCUUGAACAUAGACGACAGGUUCGCUACGGCUCCAAAAUUGCACUCAAACAUGUUGUUACUGGACGUUUUUUGUCGUGUAUAAAAGGUAUGAGAUAUGAUACCGGGUUCAAACAGCAUAUGGCAUUUUGUAACAGUUGGCAACCAGAUAAACUACAAGAUCUUUGGAUUGUAAUCCCAGCUUGUGAACAACAUGUCAAAUCGGGCAAUCCGGUACCAUUCAAUUCUGUUAUUGGAUUGAAACAUCAACAGUCAGGUCUAAAUCUGCAUUCUCAUGAUAUAGAUUCACCACCAACUAAGUCACCAGUAACUAAACAACAAGAAGUUACCUGUUAUGGAAGAGUAAUGGAAUGGAAUGGUCACGAUGGCCCUCCAGACGUUAACGACAACUGGCUACUACAGCGCCAUAGCACAACCUCCAAUUAUGACAAUUCAGGAUAUUGGGAAGUUGGUGACAUAAUUAGUCUGCGACAUACUAACACAAAAAGGUCGCUUUCGAGCCAUGAUUUCAUGAUGAAUAAUGGAUUCCAAGAAGUCACUUGUCACGCCGAUGGCCAUGAAGAAAACCAUAAGGUAAGGUUAAGUUUUAGUUAUCCAAUAAUAUAUGAUCAAUUACGAUAA